GUCACUUCCGUAAGCGCCACAAAAGUCUCGAAGCGAGGUGGUGCCGUCUCCUCCGUGGUACAGCGGGAACCGAGUGGAAGCGCUAGCCGCACCAUUGCGCGGGAACAAUUUCCCAAAGUGCGCGGCGACGACGGAAGACCGGAUUUCCUGGCUGGUUUUGACGCAGUGAUCAUCCCUGGCUAGAGCGGUCAGCGUGACAGCUGCUGGUAGGAGGCUCUAGGAAUCAGCGCUACACCGGCACAAGGAUUUCGUAGCAUCGUGCACUGAUUGCUGUCCACCACCAGACUACGCCCCGUCAUCUAAACAGAACACAAGUCUCGCAUUCCCUUUGCGGUGCUAAUCCUUGCAGGACUUCUUUUGUCUGGAUAGGCAUAGGCUUUUAUCCUUUAUCCUUAGAAAUAUAUGGUCCGUAGUGGCAAAAAUGGAGGGCUCCAUCUGAAACAGAUUUCAUAUUACAAACAAACAGGUGGUUAUCAUCCCACAACAUUAGCAAGUGAAAGGAGUGGAAUAAGAAGAGCAGCAAAAAAGUUUGUUUUUAAAGAUAAUAAGCUAUACUAUGUGGGAAAAGACAGGAGGCAAAUGCGCCUGGUAAUUCUUUCAGAAGAAGAAAAGAGAACAGUGUUAGAAAAGUGUCAUGAAAAUCAUGCAGGUACACAUCAUGGCAUAUCAAGGACACUGACCCUGGUGGAAUCUCAGUAUUAUUGGACAUCAGUAACCAGCGAUGUCAAGCAGUGGAUAUAUGCUUGCCAGCGCUGCCAGGUAGCAAAGAGUACGGCUAUUGUGGAGUCCAGAUGCCAUGCUAUGAAGGCAGAGGACCCAUGGACUGUAGUUACCAUAGACCUGUUGGGGCCUUUCACUGCCACCGGUAAAAACCACACAUACAUCAUUCUCCUGACAGACAUCUUUACACAGUGGACUGUGGCUUUGCCACUGCGUGACCCUUCUGCAUCUGAAGUGGCUAAAGCAAUUGUCAGUGCAUUGUUUUGCUAUGGACCACCUCAAAAAAUAGCUAUAAAUCAGGGAGAAGAGUUUGUUUAUCAGAUUAACUGCAAGCUCUUUGAACUCUUUGGGACAAAGGAAUUGAUAAUGCCAUAUCCUCAACCUGAUCGUGAAAAUGAAAUUAGCAAGUCCAUCAGAUCUUUCCUUCUCAAAUACUGUACAGAACAUACCAAAGACUGGGAUGAGCACUUACAAGCUAUUGCAUAUGCAUUCAAUUUGAUUCAUUCAGAGGCUCAUCAGAACACACCAUAUUUCCAAAUGUUUAAACGGAAUCCUUAUCGUCCUUCAACCUUAAGUGCGAUUCAAGGAGAGAGUGACUGUGUGUUCACCCGAAUUGUCAGUGCAAUUCAACAAGCCAACAGAGCUUUGCAGGAAAGGACAGCUUCAAGCUGCCAGGAUUUAAAGAAAAUGUCUGUAGAACAGAGCAGGAACAAGGGCCAUGUUAGGAAGAAGCCAAAGCAAAUAACUCCAUUUCUCAAAGUUGGACAUGAAGUUCUUAGACAAAGGAAGAACUGGUGGAAAGAUGGCCAUUUCAAGUCUGAAUGGGUUGGUCCCUGUGUUAUAGACUACAUUACUGAUAAUGGCUGUGCAAUAUUAAGAGAUGCUGGAGGCUCAAGACUGAAAAGGCCCAUCAAAAUAUCUCAUCUUAAACCCUAUGUAAGAGGAUCAUGCAAACAAGACAGCCACAACAUUUGGAAAGGUGCCGUUGUGGUUGACCAUGACUAUGUUUGUUCAUCGGAAAUCUCCACAGAACAGAGCUCAGAAGAUGCAUGCUCUGUAAGAAGACCUCCCAUCUCUGCAUGUGAUGAUACCCUCCUGGGGAAAGACCUUGAAUGUUCAGAAAGUAAAAGUAUUGCAUUACCAGAAUUCUCAAGCCCAGUGUAAAUUACUACAAACCCAAAGCAGUGGUUUGCAGCUUACUGUCCAAAAUAAAACUGAGGCUACUUGACUCUAGUACUGUAAGGCAUCAUCAGAAGAAAUGGGUAUUGAACUUGUCAAGGUUGUGUAAAGUCUACUACUCUGUAUUUCCUUUAUGAGGAAUAAAGCACCGAACUGUUACAGGCCCAGCAAGAUGUCUGCUUAUGAUGUCUGUAUUUGCACAUACAUGACCAGUGGUAAGUUUCAGGCUUAUGCACUCUAUUCUCUUCUCCAUUCAGUAGGGACCAGAAGCAUUCACUAUACAAAUUUGGACAAACUGUGGUGAUUGUUUAGCCAACUUCCAACAGUGGUUAAUGAUCUGGACUUGUAUUGGUAAACCAGUGGUGGGGAACACUUUUGCUCAGUGAUAAUUGGUCAGGGGCAGGGUGCUUUCUUUCCUUUGCUUUCUUUCCCCCAGACAGGUCCAUUCUUGCCAUAGGUCUGAACUAAUUCCUUGGACCAGGAUUGAUCAUCCCUCCCCUAAAGCAUAUCUAACACUAACAGAAGUCCUUAGGUUGGACAUAAGUUACUUGCCUUUACCUGAAAAUGGAAAUGAAACCUUCCAGUCUUCUCAUGGCUAAUCUGGAGGAGGAAGUAGGGAGGCAAGCACACAAGGUUAAGCUGUUACAUGUAAUGCUAGGCGAUUUAGCUUUGUAUGCAAACCGGGAUACUGUGAUGGGCUAACUAAUGAACAGAAGUUUAUAAUAGUGCAUGUAUAUUUAUGUCUUUUUGCCAAGAAAAUGUAAGGAGACUACUGUGAAAUAAAACUGUUCCCAUGGAA